AAAUAAAAUUAAAUUUAUGUCAUCUGCUCUGUUCGCCAUAGGUUGUGGCCUAAUUGUAGUUGGAGGAGGAACUAAACUAUUGAUUCGUACCUACAGACAAAUCAAGAGCAAGGAGUUUUUCAAGACUGUGGAAACAUCAAGGGCCUUCUACAAAGGAACCUUCUCAACUCAACUCACCAGAAGGGAGGCCCAAUUGAUUCUCGGAGUCAGAGAAGGCACUCCUCAAGAUCAAAUCAAGACUCGUCAUCGCACAUUGCUGAUGCUCAAUCAUCCAGAUCAAGGCGGAUCCACAUAUGUGGCCACUAAAAUCAAUGAAGCCAAAGAGUUGUUACUGAAAUGAUUAUAUCCACAAUAAUUUAAUAUUCCUGUGUGUAC